CCGUUCGUGGCGAACAGACGCGUUCCAAAAGUGCCGGCUUCCGAAUCUCUUGGCCGUUAGAAGUAGUUGGCUAAUAACGAAACACCAUCCCAGACUGAGACUCAAACUCCGAACGACUUUGGGCCACAACAAGUGCGAUUGUUUGAUUUUCGCCGAUGCCCGCCAGUGCUACUUUCAAUUAGCUGCAAGUGCUUCUUGGCAGGUGUGUUGCUCGAGGUGAAAUUUUUCGGUCGUGCCGGUUAGAUUAGCCUGACACCUUCCUCGGUUCCGAUUCCGAUUGCGAUUUCGAUUCCUCUUCCGAAACUGAAACCGACGACUUCGUGUGUUAUAUCCCCCACCCGCCAAAAUCGCGCUAAUUGGCUUGAUUUUGGCCAGAAAAUACAUAUCAAGUUUCAAUAUUUGUUGUGCGUUCACAAAUAACGGACAGCCUGUCACUUGCGGAAACCGAAAGAAAUCUAUAUACGAGUUUAUAUAUAUUUUUGGCAACUGACCAUCGUGAAGUGAGCGCUUGGAAAGCAGGGAGUUCUGCCUAUUUGCAUUUCAAAUUGUUUGCGAACAUCUAAGAAAGUUUUGCAAAUUCUUAUUUGAAGGACUCUCAAAGACGUCUAUCUAACAGCCCGUCAUUCGGUUGAGCGAUGUAAGAAGUGGCCAGAACGAAACAAAACAGAGCAACCAGAGAUUCAUCUUAGCCGAGGAAAAACAGGAUUAAAGGCCCCGCACCAUCCUCGUCAUCAUCGUUCAGCAAGAAGCAGGCAUCGCGAUGAGUGGCAGCCAUAAAAUGCGGUGCUGUCAAGUAUUUAUCUUAGCUUUAUUUGUUCACACAAUUGCGGCGGAGUUCCAUUCUAGCGCAUCUCGUGUCGGAGUCAGCUUCGAUGGGCUGUCGCCGAUCCAAAGUGCGGAUGCAGUGUCCUCAACUCCGCGACCAAGGCGUCGCGUAUACGCCAUGUGUCCGCCGCAAUUCCAGCGCGUGGGCACCGAUUGCUUCUCCUUGGUGGAUCAGCGCAGCAGCUGGCUGGAGGCGCACUUCUUCUGCAAGGACAAGAACGCCAACCUCACGGAACCCGGCAAGCAUGCCGAUCGCAAGCUGAGGCAGUUCCUCCAGAAACAGGAUGCCAUUUCAGGUGAAAAAGACCCAAUCUGGAUGGGAGCCACCUAUGACCACCACAACAACCGAUGGCAGUGGAGCAUGAGCGGCCGCAAUCUGUCCAGCGACUCCUUCAUCCACUCGGAUCCCAUCCAACCGCAGGAUAGAAACUGUGCCAUCUACGAUCCGAAUCUCAAGUACCGCUGGUCGGCACGUUCCUGCUCGGAUAAGUACCGCUUCAUCUGCCAGCACAAGAUGCCCAAGGUGAGCGGCCCGAAUCGCUACAAGAUCUACAAUCGGUGGAACUCCACCUAUCCGAACGAGCAGGCCAACGAGGUGGUCCUGGAAAUUCUUGAACCGCGUGAAAACGAUCGCAGAUACCACCGACGCGUUAAGGCAGAGGGCAGUGAUGAGGAGAUGAUCAUCCCCAGCCGUCGCCGCAACAACAAUCGCAGGAACAACCAGAGGAGUCGCCCCAACCAGAAUCAGCAUCCCAACGAUGUGAACUACCAACAGCCAAGUCAACAGCGCCAAAGGAACCGCCCUCGCGUGACCACUGUCUCCCCACCUUCAACUGUAUCCACCAUUCAAUCCAAUGAUGUCCUCUCCCCCUCUCCAAGCCCCCAGCAGAUGACCCAGUAUGACCGCAAGUUGCAGCGCCAGCGGGAAAGGGAACGUCGCCGCCAACUGCGUCGCCAGGAACGUCAGAAGUUGGCUCGUGAACAGAAGCGCGAGAAGCAACGCCGCCAGAAGGAGGAACGCCAGCGAUUGCAGCGGGAGGAGCUGCGCAGGCAGCGUCUGCAGCAGGAGCAGGCCUCCCAUGACGAACCCAAGCACCAGGCGCUCGAUGAGCUGCGUCAGCGCUCUGCAGAGGAACAGGAUAAGAAACUGAAGGAAGAGCAGGAGAGAAAGCUGAGGGAGGAGCAGGAGAGGAAGCUGAGGGAAGAGCAGGAGAGGAAGCUGAGGGAGGAGCAGGAAAAGAAGGAAAAGGAAGAGGAGGAGAGGAAGCAACUGGAGCAGGAGAGGAUCCGGCAGGAGGAGAGGGCCCAGCAGGACAGGGAACACCAGCAGCAGCUGAAGCAGAACCAGGAUCAGCAGCUCCGCGAACUGAAGGCCAAGCAGCAGCGGGAGCAGCAGGAGCGGGAGUACCUCCAGCAGAAGCGGGAACGCGAACUGGAGCUGCUGAAGCAACGCCAGGAGGAGGCAGCCCGCCAGCGUGCCGCCGACGAGGAGGCGGAGAAACUCCGCCAGGAGCGCAUCCAGAAGCAACGCCAGCUGGAGGAGGAGCAGCGACGGGAACGCGAGGAGCAGCGGCGCAAGGAGCGCGAGGAGCAGGAGAAGCUGGAUCGCCUCAACCAUGAGAAGCGCAUCGCCGAGGAGCAGCGGCUGCGGGAGGAGUACGAGGAGAGCCUGAAGCGGGCCAAGACCGAACGGGAGAAGCAGCUGGCCGAGGCGCACGAGGCCAAGCGACGCGCCGAGCUGGAGCUGCAGGAGCAGCUGAAGAAGCAGGAGGCGGAGCGCCAGGAGCAGAUCCGACGCGAGCAGGAGGAGGAGGAGAAGCGGCUGGAGCUGCAGCGACUGGAGGAGACGCGCCGCUUCGAGGAGAAGGAACUGAAGCGCGUGCACGAGGAGGACCUGCGGCUGGAGGAGCAGCGGCGCCAGCGGGAGCGCGAGAUAGCGGAGCGCGAGGCCGCCGAGAAGAAGCUGGCCGAGGAGGAGGAACUCCUGCGCAAGCAGGUGCUCGAGGAGGAGCGCGAGCUGAAGCGGCGCCAGGAGGAGGAGAUGCGCCAGGCGGAGGAGGCGCGCAAGGCCAAGGAGGCAGAGGAGCGGGCUGCCGAGGAGGCCAAGGAGGCCGAGCAGAGGCGUCGCGUCGAGCUGGCCAAGACACUGGCCGACGAGGAGGUCAAGGCCAAGCUGGAGGAGAAGAAGCGCGAGUACGUCAGCCGAAUCUCGGCGCUGAGUCCCGAGGACCAGAAGAAGUUCAUCGAGAUGCGCAAGCGGCGCAAGCUGCUCAAGGAGAAGAAGGAGCGCGAGCAGAAGGCGAAGGAGCUGAAGAGGAUACAGGAGGCCAUGCGACUGGACGACAACGAGUAGGCGUCCCCGGGAGUCGAGAUUCAGGCAGGAUUCACCCCGCAACUAACCAAUACUAACCGAGACAUAUCGAUCAAAUUGGUUCCACAUACGCACCGUUGCCCAGUCGAUCCCUUUUCGAUGGUUUUCUUUGUGCUUUAAUUUAACAAAACAAAACAAAAGAAACAUAAACAGAAAAAAAGAGAAAAAACAAACAAGAAAAACUCGCAAAAGUAUUAUUUACCAGAAAGAAAAAUGCGAAAGGAGGAACGAGCAUCGCUGCGAAGCACAUUUUGUCGGUUGAGGGGAAUCAAAUUUCAAUUGCAUUUCGAUCGAGCAGGAAAACCAAUCUCCUUGCACUUCGCUAGCUCUAUUAGUACUGUACAGUAAAGAUAUACUAUAUAUAGGUCUAGGAUAUAGACACACCACACACACACACGCGAACACACUGCACCUAAAACACAAACACACACACGGCAACCAGUCACGCAUGUUUCCUUAAUAACCGAACUAGAAGUUAGCAAUCAAUUUUAGAUGCCAAUAAACCCCACACACGCAAAUCACGGGAAUUUGGAAUUUUAAAACUCAAGCACAGAGCCACGGAAAUAAUUAUGGUGAAUUAAAAACGUAAGAUUGAACGGAGAACUCCUUUGGGUCAGAGCCCCAGUCCAACGCCUCCCCGCACUCGUUUGCCUAAGGUGUCCUCGAAUCGAAUCGGGCACAGCGAAGCAAUAAUUUACUAAUAUAAUCUUUUGAUAACAUCAUCGGAUGGUCGGAUGGUCGACGACCAUUUCCUAACUUCUUAGGUUACAAACUAUACUUUACAAGGAUGUAUGUAAUUACUAAAGUAUGUUUAAAUGUAAAUUUUUAUGUAUUUUUUAAUACCUCAAAUAUGCGAAAAGCAAAUGGAAAAAAACCCCGAAGGCAACUUUCAGUACGUUUUGUUUCGUUCGAAAAAUGGAAAUUGAAAGCUGGCAAGGACGGGUAUGAAAUCGAAAGGAAAAGCAAUUUUAUAGCCAAGUAAUGCAUUUUAAUAGUAAACUAACCAAUUUUAAAUAUUAUUACUCUACACACGGAGAAAUGAAAAGCGAAUAAAACUAAAUAGUCAGCGAAACGUAAGCAAAGAAUUCAUAAAAGAGAAGCAGGAGAGCAGAACACAAAUGAAAUACGAAAACAUAUGAUAAAACUACCAUAUAAUAUUUAUGCAAGAUAAUUUCUAGUUAAGAAGCCAACAAAGUAAAAUAAUGAAUAAAGUUUGAAAAAACACAAAACAAAAAA